AUGGAACUACGCGCGGACGAAUCACUGCAGAGCAAAGCGCCGGUGGAGCUUACCCAGGAAAGCUUCAAUAUCAACAAUAGUUCAACAGAAACUUUAGCUUGGAAAGAUGAACACGAUCCCGAAAAUCCUUACAACUGGCCAGUCACGAAAAAAUGGGCUCUGACAUAUAUCGCCGCUUUUAUGACGUUUCUCACGAUGAUGAAUGGAACUAUUAUCACAGUCGCACACUUCGAAAUAUCUGAUACUUUCAACGUCGACGAGACUGCAUUUCCACACUCCUACUGGCCCGUGACGACCUGGGCUAUUGGCGGUGCAUUUUCCGCCUUAUUCAUCCUUCCACUUGCCGAGGAUCUUGGAACCCGACCCGUGUUUCUCUCCACUUAUCUCAUUCUCAUCUGCUUCCUCGUUCCCCAGGCUGUCGCCCAGAACUAUGCGACAUUGGUAGUCACCCGCUUCUUUUCCGGUGGCAGCGUUGCCAUUUUGGCAAACACAGCUGCUGGCGUGAUGGGUAACCUGUGGGAUACUGAAUGGACCAGGUCGGUGCCUGUCAGCUUAUACAUUAUCGGCUACAUGGCUGGAAGCAGCAUGGGCCCGGUGAUGGGUGCUGCCAUUUACCAAGCUCUUGGGUGGAGAUGGAUCAGUUAUAUGCAGAUUAUUUGGUUUACAGCACUUUUUCCAAUCUAUUUCUUCUCUUUUUACGAAUCGCGGGGAACUGCGAUUCUUGCACGACGAGUCAAAGCUCAGAACAAUACCGAAGUCAAUGAAAAGAUUUCGUUUUCAAUCCUACUUUCAGAAAAACUCAUACCAAGCGCGAAAAGACCAAUUGUUUUGGUGCUCACUGAACCCGUUCUAUUCGUGUCAACUAUGUGGUCCGCUUUCACAGUUGGAACACUAUUUCUUUUUCACCCACUUCACAAAACACUGAAGUUCCCGGCGCACCAAUCCCAGAAGCAAGGCUUUACAUGGCAGUAUUGGGAGGCGUCCUGGGUAUAUCUGGGGGGGAUGUUCACUUACGCUUGGACUUCAUACGCGCAUAUUCCUUGGAUCGCGCCCGCUAUCGGACUUGCGAUGGUCGGCGCUGGCAGUGUCCUGGUAGUCUCAGGAGUAUCUGAUUAUGUUGUUGAUGCGUAUAGCAGCUACGCUGGAAGCGCGAUGGGAGCAGUCGCCACAGGAGAAAAUAUCUUCUCUGCUUUCUUGCCUUUGGCAACUAUGAGCAUGUAUCAGCAUCUUGGGCUCCAGUGGGCAAGCACAUUGUUGGCUUUGAUUGCUUUGGUGCUUUCCCUUGUUCCUUCUUUGAUGUUUGUUUGGGGAAAGGAGGUCAGAAAUCGGAGCCCCUUCAUGAACCAGAUGACGAGAGAAGCUGUCAAGCCAAAUGAUGCGGUGGUUUAG